AUGGCGUCCUGGAAGGUGUUGGAACCCUCGACGAUGUCGAGCCGCGCCGUGAACAAACUGGAGAGCCUUUCUACACGCAAGUCAAAGGCGCCGGCGGACAAGUCCCAACUUAAGCUCUCCAUUGGCGAUCCCACGCAUGACGGUAAUCUUGUGGCGCCAACCGCUGCCGUGGACGCCCUUGUGCGGUGCGUGGAGGGUAACCAGCACAACAAGUAUCCGCCAAUGGCGGGGUUGCCCGAGGCACGUCGGGCGGUGGCGGAGUACUGGGGAGCGAACUUUGCGGAACAACAGGCAGCACACUGCGAGGCGGAUAACGUUUUAAUCACGUGUGGCGUGUCGCAUGCCCUCGUCACGGUUUUGACGGCAUUGUGUGACGAGGGGGACAACGUACUCAUCCCGAUGCCCUGCUUUCCUUUCUAUGAUUUCAUGUCUGAUCUCCACGAAGUUGAGGCACGGCAUUAUCUUUGCAAGGGAGAUGGCAACUGGGACAUUGACUUGGAUCACUUGCGAAGCCUCGUUGAUGAUAAGACGAAGGCGAUUCUGAUCAACAAUCCGUCCAACCCGUGCGGCAGUAACUUCUCACGGCAGCACCUUGCGGACCUUAUCCGUGUGUGUGAGGAAUUGCAUCUCCCGCUUAUUGCGGAUGAGGUCUACGCGGGCCUGGUUUUUUCCGGCGAGACAUUCACCUCCGUGGCGGCAUUCGACACGCAUGUGCCGCGCUUCAUUCUGGGCGGCCUGUCAAAGGUGUUUGUGGUUCCUGGCUGGCGCCUUGGCUGGGUUCUUCUUAUGGACACACACGACCACGCCAAGGGUGUCUUGCGUGGGAUGCAGAACCUGGGCGCCGUGACGCUGGGCCCAUGUACUUUGGUGCAAGGGGCACUCCCGGCGAUUUUGUCCCAGACGCCAGCGUCGUACUUUGCAAGAAACGUUGAGGAACUGCGUGAUAAUGCGGUUUGUUUGGCGGACGCGAUUCAACAUUCUCACGGCCUGGCGUGUGCGAUGCCGCAGGGAGCGAUGUUUAUCAUGGUGAAGGUCAACACCGACCUCUUCAAAGACAUCAAGGAUGACUUUGAGUUCUACGAGAAGUUGGAGGACGAAGAGAAUGUGCAGGUGGUCCCUGGAGAGUUCUUUCACAUGCAUGGCUGCUUCCGCGUCGUUGUGUCACGUCCAAAGAAAAUAGCGGUUGAGGUCGCUGCACGCAUUCAUAACUUUUGCGAGCGACACAAGAAGGUGCAAUAG